AUCACACAUAAUUUAAUAUAAUAAGCGUUUUUUUGAAAAUAUUUUUUUGUUAACGAUGUAUCUUCAGAAAGACUAGAAAUCUUGAGAAUGACCUUAUUAGUCUUAUUGCUUAUUAUUUUUGGUGCAAAUGUAGCGAUUUUGCAGAGAUAUGAUGGUUAUCCAUAUGAAGCAGAUUUCCUGGAUAUGGAUCCUGAUUCGAUUUUGGAAGAGAACGCUAUAAUUACAGCAAAUGCCACAUGUGGUAUAAACCGUAAAGAAUAUUUCUGUCGGCUUGUUGAACAUGCUGAUGGCUUCAUGACAUACGAUGGUCGUCUACACCGAACACCAAGGGAAGUUUUGACUUACAGCCAGGAAGCCAAGUCUUAUCGUGACCCAAGUGGGCAAUGGGUGCAAUGUGGUUAUUGUGAUGAUAGAGAUCCUAAUUUACGGCAUCCGAUUGAAUACGUUCUCAGUGGUGAGGCCAAUUUGUGGUGGCAAAGUCCAUCUUUGGCACAAGGUUUACAGUACCAUGCGGUUACAAUCACUAUGGACUUUCGUCAGGUAUAUCAAAUAGUCUAUGUUCUUCUACGUAUGGGUGACAGUCCUCGGCCAGCUAAUUGGAUCCUAGAACGUUCAGUAGAUGGUGAAGUAUAUCAUCCAUGGGUAUUUUUCGCUAAAACUGAAUAUGACUGUAAGAAGUUAUACGAACCGUUAAUUGAUCGACCACUAACUAUUACAAGUGGACCGAGACCAUGGCAUUUGGGUGAUGAUGAAGUUUACUGUACAACAUUUUACAGUCAACCUCAAGCAUUACAAUCAGGUGAAAUUAUUGUAACUUUAACAUUAGAUCGUGAAAGUACCAUAUCUACUGAAUCGGGUCUUGAAAAUCCUAUAUCAUCAAAGUUAAUUGAUUUCUUGUCUGCACGAUUUGUGCGAUUACGUUUUCAACAAUUACAAACACUUUCUGGUGAUUGGAUGGCUAUGCCAAAUCAAUUAGACAGUUCAAUUUAUAAUAGGUAUUAUUACUCAAUUCGAACGAUUAAAGUUGGGGGAAAAUGUGUGUGUAAUAGUCAUGCCAGUCGAUGCGAACAGAAAGUAAUUGAUGGUGUACCUCGAGCCGUGUGUGACUGUCAACAUAAUACAUGCGGAAACAAUUGUGAAAAGUGUUGUCCAUUGUUCAAUCAACAACCAUGGCGUCCAGGAAGAAUAUGUGAAGAGUGUAACUGUAAUCAAAAGGCAGAUGAAUGUAUUUAUAAUCAAACAGUCGCUAAUCUUCGUUUAAGUAUGCGUAAAGAUGGUGUUCUAGAAGGUGGAGGAGUCUGCUUAAACUGUCGUGAAGAUACAACUGGUGUAAAUUGUGAAAAAUGUAAACAAGGUUAUUAUCGCCCAUUAAAUGUCCGACCUGACUCACAAUAUCCUUGUAGACCAUGUGAAUGUAGUACUUUUGGUUCAACUGGUGACUGUACAUCUAAUGAUGCUGAAAUACCAGAACGAUAUCCCGGAGAUUGCGUCUGUAAAGAAGGUUAUGCAGGUAGACGUUGUGAUGAAUGUGCUGAAGGCUAUCAACGUUCUAACAUUGAUCCUCAAUUAUGUAUACCAUGUACAUGUGAUAUUAGAGGAAGUCAUCGUGGUCCAGGAUAUCAAUGUGAACCACCAUGUAAUUGUAAGAUUAAUGUUGAUCCAGAUUCUUAUUGUAAUACAUGUCAAAAAGGAUUUUUCAAUUUAGAUGUUAAUAAUCCAGAAGGUUGUCAAUCAUGUUAUUGUUCUAGUCUUACUGAUCAAUGUACUGGUGUUACACCAUCUACUGCAAUGAUAUUGGAAAGAAAAGGAUUACUUGGUCCAGUCAACACUUUAGCGAAUUGGAAAAUUAUUGUACCAAGCUUAUCUACACCAGAUACAAGUUACACAAUACCAAUGACAGAAACAUCUGUACAAUAUGAUAAAGUUUUAUUUGCUCAAACACGUGCAGUUGAAAGUUGGCUUUCAUCAGUUACUUCAACACCAGUUAUACGCGGUUAUUAUUGGUCUGCACCAGAAGCAUAUUUAGGCAAUCAAAUAACAGCUUAUCGUGAUACAUUGAAUAUUAUUUUACGUUUUAAUUCACCUACUAUGUUAACAUAUCGUACACCAACAAUAAACACGGACAUAUCAGGCAGUAGACAAUUUUCUUUAUCGAUGGCUAUGACUGAUCACUUAAAUUAUAUGUGGCUACAUGAACCAGACAUUGUAAUUGAGGGUAAUGGUUAUCGACUAGUUCAUAUGCUAUCACCAUCCUAUCGUGAAAGUCAUAUGAUUUUAAAUAUUCCAUUAAGUGAAUCAUCAUUUCGUGUAAUUGUUGAACCGCCAACCUCUAUACCAUUAGAUCGUUUUCCUAUAAGUUGGUUACAGGGUGAUCAAUUAAGAUUUGAUGAAUCAACAUUGGAACGAGUUGGUCGACCAGCAACAAUAGCUGACAUAAUGACUGUGUUAUCCAGUAUAGAUAGAUUAUUGAUUAAAGCUAAAUAUAUUACUGAUCAAACAACAACUGAAUUAAUGUCUGUUACACUUGGUCGUGCAUUACGUGAUGAAACUGGUGGAAUACCAAAUAUUGAAGAAUGUAUUUGUCCAAAUGGAUAUUCGGGAUCAUCUUGUGAAUCAUGUGCAAUUGGUUAUUAUCGUGAUUAUCAAAAACAAUCAACGAUACAAACUAAUCAAAGUUCUUUUACUUCAUCAACAGCUUUAUCAUUAUGGCGUUCAACUAUGAUGACACAAUUACCUGUUUGUGUACUAUGUGAAUGUCAUGGACAUUCAGAUAUUUGUGAUGAGAAAACUGGAGUAUGCAUUGAUUGUACUCAUAAUACUGCAGGAGAUAAAUGUGAUGUAUGCGCACCGGGAUUUUAUGGGGAUCCACGAACCGGUGACCCAACAGCAUGUAAAUCAUGUGAAUGUCCUCAUUUAGAUUAUCAAAUGACUACAAUUUGUUUGGCACAUGAAGAAGAAGUAUUUAAAGAGGAAAAACCUUAUGUUUGUUUGGAUUGUACAGAAAAUACUCGAGGUCGAUAUUGUGAAGUAUGUGCAGAAAUGUAUUAUGGUGAUCCACUGAAUGGAGUGCCAUGUCGUCCAUGUAAUUGUGGACCCGCUGCUAUAGGAUGCAAUUCAACAAAUGGAGCUUGUAUCUGUGGAUUUAAUACAGCUGGACCACAGUGUGAUGCAUGCGCUGAAGGAACGCAUGGAGAUCCAACUAGAGGACAACCAUGUAGACCUUGUAAUUGUCAUCCAAAAGGCAGCAUCUCUCCAUCAUGUAGACUUGAAGAUGGUCAAUGUAAUUGUUUAUCAACAUAUGAAGGUGUUAGAUGUGAUCGUUGUAUAUCUGGUCGUGGUAAUACAGAAGCUGGUUGUCCACCAUGUCAAUGUGAUCCUAUUGGUACCAGACCAGAAUAUUUAACAUCAUGUGAUCCUGUCUCUGGACAAUGUUCUUGUAAACCAGGAGUUGGUGGUACUUUAGACUGUUCAACAUGUCAAGUAGGAUAUUAUAAUCUAGGUCCAAAUGGAUGUACAGAGUGCAAAUGUACUUCAAGAGCAAUCGAUCGAACAUGUAAUCCAAUCACAGGUCAAUGUAAAUGUGGUGAGAAUGUAAUUGGGGAUACAUGUGAUAAAUGUUUGCCUGGAUUCUAUUGGAAUAACACUGGAUCAAAUUGUUUACCAUGUAAUUGUGGAAUUGGAACUGAAUUAACUAGAACACUAACUCAGUUAACUGAAUGUGAUAUGAAUACUGGUCAGUGUAAAUGUGCUCCACAUGUAGUAGGACGAGACUGUACAGAAUGUGAAUUAGGAUAUUUUGGUGUUUCUGAAAAUGGUUGUAAACCUUGUUUGCCUUGCCCAAAUGGUCAAGUUUGUGAUCAGAUUACGGGAAAAUGUAUUUGUCCACCAAAUACUGAAGGUGAUCGAUGUGAUAGAUGCGUUGUUGGUUCAUGGGACUAUAAUCCAGUGAUUGGUUGUAAAAAUUGUAAUUGUUCGAUAGAUGGUUCCGUUAUAGGCCUUGAAGAUCAAUGUGAUUUAACCACAGGACAAUGUACAUGUAAACCAGAAUUUUCAGGUCGUGUAUGUAAUGAAUGCAGUAAGGGUUAUUAUGGUUAUCCUUAUUGUAGAAAAUGCAACUGUGAUAUGCGUGGUACUGCAUGGGGAAAUCUAUCCAUAUCAGAUACGGUUGUACCAUGUAAUCCAAUUGAUGGACAAUGUAACUGUAAAGAAAAUGUUGAAGGUGAUCAAUGUGAUCAAUGUAAACCUGGAACUUUUGGUUUAAAUAUUGAUUAUCCACUUGGUUGUUAUACAUGUUUCUGUUUUCCAACUGGUACAUCAUCUCGUUGUAGUCUAUUGACUGGUUAUCGUUCAGUUCCAGGGAAAGUGAAAGGAGUUGAAAUAAUUUCUACUGAUGAUCCACGUUAUCCAGGUGGACCGUUAAUUGAUUUAAAACUUGGUUUAAAAGAUAUUGAUAUAAAUGAAUUAACUAUUGGUUUAAGUCAAUUCAGUUGGCGUUUCUCUGUGCAUCGUCCAACUCAUUUAGAAAUACCAGAAUUAAAGGGUUCAUUAAUGCGUAAUUAUGGAAGUGUACUUAUAGGUGCAUUGACAGAAUGUCUACCUACUGGUGAUUGUAAACUUGGCAUUGAAGAUGCACAAACUACUAACAUAUUGUCAAAUAGAGAGGAUUUACCCGGAGGGUUAAUUAUACGUAGAAAUGAUAUUGUAGAUGCUCGAAUGACAGCGUUAAAUGGUUAUAUCGAAAUGGAAUAUCAACCAUCUGAAAAUUCACCUACAUCUAUUGCGGAUGGUUAUCGUCAAAUUUGGCUUCGUGAACAAGAUUGGGUAAUAACACGUGUAUCUGGUAUUGAUACACGUGUUCGACCAACACGUAAUGAAUUAAUGUUAGCUUUACUUAAUGUUACAUCAUUCAGUGUACGUUUAUUUAUGCCUGAAGCAAGACCCAAACUUGUAAGUGUAAAAUAUAAAAUUUAUCAACCACGUACAGAAAUAACAACACUAUCUGGAAUUGAAAUUAAAACAAUUGAAAAAUGUGAAUGUCCACCGACUGCAUCCGGUGAUCAUUGUGAGAUUGCUUCGUCUGGAUUUUAUUUCCCACCAAUUAAACCAAAACCUGGACGUGAAAUUCUACCACCAACUGCCAUAAUUGAUCCUACUCUUCCAACAGGACACAUCAUUUGGGAAGGUGGAGCCCAGAAAUGCCGUUGUCAUGGUAUGUCCUCAAAUUGUGAUCCAGUCACUGGAAUAUGCUUGGAUUGUACGGGUAACACAGAAGGCCCAGACUGUGGGAAAUGUGCUACAGGUUAUAUGGGCGAUCCAAAAAUUGGACAACCAUGUGUUAAAUGUCAAUGUCCUACCGAACAAACCGAUUAUGCAAUCACAUGUACACCAUCAACUGAUCCUUCACUUUUACCACAUAAAUGUAUUUGUAAAGUAGGCUAUGCUGGUUUACGAUGUGAACAAUGCGCUCCUGGUUAUUAUGGUGAUCCAACAAGCAUGAUUGCUUGUCAAGCAUGUGAUUGCGAUAGUGGAGGAUCAAGAUCGGAGACAUGUAAUCAAGACACUGGACAAUGUGAUUGUUGGCCUGGUAUUAAAGGGCGUAGAUGUGACCAAUGCGAAGAAGAUCAUGUUGUUGAUCAUGGAACAUGUCGUGAUUGUCGUGGUCCAUGUACCGGUGAAUUACUUAAUAAAUCUGAUUAUGUCAAAUUACAAAUUGAUGGAUUAAAUAUUACCACUUUAGCUUAUCAAGGUUUAGCUAAAUUAAAACAACAAAUAGAUAUGAAUAAGAAACGUUUUAUACCAUCACGUAUUCAAUUAGAAAAUGAAAUUCUAUCACGUACAAAACAAUUAUUUCGACAAUUGAUUGAAAUCAAUCAAAGUUAUAUAAGAAUAUUCAAUAAUUAUCAAGUAUUUGAUCAAUCAAAUUGUGAUAUUUUAGAACAAAUCAAUACAUUAUAUAAUCAAUCUAAUUUGAUCGAAAAUCAAUUACAUAAUUGGAUUAAUCGAUUAAUUAAACAAGAAUAUGGACAAUCAAUGAAUUUACAUGAAUUAAUAAAUUGGCAAGAACAUUCUAAACAAAUUUAUAUUAAUUUAAGUAAUAUACAAUUAAAUGAAACAAUAAUAUGGUUAAAUGAAAUAGAAAUAGAAAUUCAACGAAUUAUUCAACGAAUUAAUGAAUUAAUACAAUCAAUAAUUAAUCAAAAUCAUAUACAAAAUGAUUUAAAUCAAUUAAAUCGAUAUCAGGAAUUACAAAAAUUUUUAAUUGAUUAUCAAACCAAUCAAAUAUAUCGUAUUAGUAAUGGUACUAAAUUAGCAAUAAAUGAAUUAGAUAUAGCAUUAAAAAAGGCGAAUACAUUAGUCGAUACUGUUAAAACGACAACAAGUUUAACAACAUUACAAUCCUUUAAUAAACAAUCACAGAAUUUAAAUGAACAAUUAUCCCAAUUGGAACAAUUACAUCCUAAUCAAGAACAAUUGAAUCGAAUUGAAACAUUAAAUAAUCUUCUUCAUCAAUUAAAUCAAAUACAAUUACCUAAUUCCAAACAAAUUUCUAUCCCAUCCGAAUUAUAUACAAAUAUCAUUGAACCAAUAGAACAAGAAUCACAACUUAUUCAUGAUAAAUUAAUCCUAACAGAACAAUUAAAUCGUACUUAUUUAGCUUAUAAUGCCUAUCAAUUAAUGAUAGAUAAUAUAAAAUUAGCUGAGAAUGCAACAAAUGAAGCAGAGAAUGCAUUUCUGAAUAGUACUACAACAAUAGAUGGUCAACAAAUUACAUGGCAAAAUCGUUUACAAUUAAUUAUUAAUAAACGUGAUUCUAUUACAAAUAUAUUAAAUAAUCAAUCAAUAAUUUAUAAUUCACAUAAUGAAACAUUAAAUUUAAUUGAUAAACAAUUAGAAACUACUGAUAAUGAUUUAAGUAUAUUAAAUCAAAUUGCUUUAAAUAAUUUAAAAUUAACUAAAAAUAUAGUUAAUAAAGUUGAUUCAAUACAACACUUUUUGAAAGAUACAAAGCCCCUGGUUCAAAAUGCCUCAGAUAAAAUACAAGUACAGUUAGGACGUUAUAAUGAAUUACAUGAUCGUUUACAAGAAAUGGAGAAUCGAUUUUCUCAAAUACAAGGAACAGCUAAAACUCUAGUUGAUCGAGCAAAUAUUACUCAGUCCUAUUUAAUUAAAUCAAUUGAUGAAGUUGAACAUGUUGCAAAACAAUUAGAUUCAAAAUUGUUAAAUUUACGACGAUUAGCUGAUGAAGCACGUUUAAUACUUGAUGUGAAUUAUGGAUCAUUAUCUCAUGAUCCAGUACCUUUACAAUUAGGUCAAGAUUGUGUAUACACAUUGGUUCCUUAUAGUCUAACAAAAUCUCGAGUGUUUGAUAUUGAAUUUUGGUUUAAUUUGAAUAAUUUACCAACUUUAUCCAGUAUAAGUAGUGUAUUAAUGGUUGGACGUAGAGCUUUUGAAGGACAUACACAAAUGUUUGCAUUCACUAUUGAAGCACCUGAUACUAGACUACGCUUUUCAUGGAAUACUCCAAAUGGAAUCCUAGAAUUAGGUCCAAUUGCUAAAAAUACUUGGUAUCAUACACGUGUUACAUCAGUUGGCGGUGAGACAAGAAUGAUACUUAUGGAACGAUCAUUUCAAGAUCAUGGUGAUGUAUUUCCCGAGAUGAAACAAACUUCUACAACAAAUGGAACACUUGAUCAAGAAGCAUAUCUUAUUAUGGAUAGACAAAUGGAAUUACGUAUUGGAGGAGUUAUGCAACCUAGUAGUCGUUUAAGUAACCCGGAAGCAUGGGGUGAUAAUGGUGCUGAGGAAUUCUGGUCACGACUUAUGUCAAUGGAAUCAAUUAAAUUUUGUAUGUUCAACUUAAGAUUAAGUGGGACACCUAUUAGUAUUGCUAAUUUUGCUGAUGCUAAUCCUGAAUGUUCUAAACCAAAAGAAUAUCAGUGUCAGUUACCUGGUAAAAAUCGUCAAUUUGUUCGAAAUGGUUAUAUAUGGGAUAGACAAGGUGAAUUAGAUAAAUUAACUAAUUUAGCACGUCCAUCACAAUUAAUUGAUCCAUCUUUAUCAUUAACUAGAAUGUUUUUCUAUGAUUUUAAUGGUGCCGGUGGUUAUGCACGUUUAAAAUCGAUUAAUAAUUUAGAUUUUUGUAAAGAUCAAUUCGAUUUUCAAUUAACACCAUUAAAAGAAUAUCAACGAUCUAAUAUGACAGUGAUGACAUUUAUAAAUUAUGAUAAAGAUUAUGGUAUAACAAUUGAAUUAAUUAAUGGUCGACCUGAAGCUAAUUAUUGGUCUGGUCGUGAAUUAUAUCGAUUAGAUGAUACUAAACAACAUGAUGAUAUGGAAAUAAUAAGACGACGUCGUUUUAAAACAUUCAAUUUUAAACCACGUUGGAGACGUCAAUCCACUAGUUCCAGUGGUAGUGGUUAUCAUGAUGAAGAUAGACGACGAUUAAACCUAAAUAUUUUAGAUCCAUCUAUGCGUAUAUUACGAUUGGAUAGUUUUAUGACAACUGAUUGUAAUGAUGAUAUGAUAUUAUUUUUAGGUGGUAUACCACCUAGUCAUUAUGAAUUACGUAAAAGAAUGCAAAAUCUCGGCUUUUCAUUAACUCCAUUCGCCGGUCGUAUUGGUUUUACAAAUGGUAAACUAAGUCAAUCUGGUGAAGUCUAUUUAGCUGAUUAUGCAAUUACUUCAGUGAAUCAAUUUGGUGAUACACAGUUUACUGAUUCUAGACAACUUGGUGAAAUUCGAGUUAUUGAAAAUACAAGUCCAAAUUAUCAAUAUUGUUUACAAUUAAAACCGCAUCAUUUAUAUAUGGCAUCAGAAUUAAAAGAACCACAACGAUAUUCACCAUUUGAACCAGGAAUCAGUAUGACAUUACGUUUUAAUCCAUUAAUUACACAAUCUGGUGAUAUGGAUUUAUUAAUUAUUCAACCUGGACAUGCAGAAUGGAUACGUAUAUUCCUUACAGAAGAUCAUCGUUUAGGUAUUGUUUUACCGGGUGUCAGUAAAACAUUAUACACUAGAACAUCUUUAACAUCACGUGCUAUGAAUGAUCCAUAUACAAAUUUAUUAAAUUUAGAAUUAACAGAAUAUUUGAAUUUAACAAAAGUUUUACCAGUUUGGAAUAAUUUAAAGAAACAAAUUUCAACGGUAACAUCAAAUACAAUAACAUCGUCGUCAUCGUCGUCAUCGUCGUCGUCAUCCUCAUCAUCUUCGACGACACCAAUAAAUUUAGAAACAAUCAAGAAACAAUUUUUUGAUUCAAAACAAGCUGAAAUUGAAGUUGUUGUUACAUUAUAUUUUGGUAAAAUUGAUACAGAUCAAUUAACUGUAUUAUUUGAUCAACAUAUUGUACAAACAUGGACUAUACCAAAACAACCAGAUAAUAAAACUAUUCGACAAAUAUAUAUUGGACCACAAUUUAUGCCAGCUUAUCCUGUUACGAUACAAUAUUUAAUAAUUGGGAAACACCUAGUGGAUUUUGCAACUGAAUUAGUAAGUAAAGAUAAUCCUUACGGUAGUCAAGUUGGAAUAUGUGGUGGACAGUUAUAUCCACGAUUUACAGAACGUCGAGGUUUAGCUGGACUAUUGACAAGUAAAUUACAAGGACUUGAAUUAACAGCACCACCAAGUGGACGACAAUUAAUAUUUACACCAUUCAAUGAAUUAAUGACUAAACAAAUUAUUCCAGGAGUAAGUUAUGAUGAACAAUUGGUUCUAGAAAAUAUACGUACUGGUGACGGAAAGAUUCGUAAAAAGAAUUACUAUUUUAGUGAACGAGAACACAAGUGGGGACAAUCGGAUAUAUUUGAGUACAAAAUUACAAAACACCAUAGUAAAAUCUGAGAACUAUAUAGUAAAUACUUCAUUUGCAAAAUAUCGAUCAAUCAUCUCAAACUUCAUUCUUCUUUUGUUUCCACACUAAUCAUUCUUUGUUCUCGUUCUCUUUUGUUUUCUUUUUGAACUUCUUAACUUUCUACCUCCAGGUAUUUCACUUUUAAUUAAUGAUAUAUCCUACUUAUAACUGUUGAUAUCAGUAGCACAUACUACACUAUUAUUAAUGAUAAUAUAAGUAGUAUGUAUUUUAUAAAUCUUAAUACAUGAGAUUUGAAAAGAGUUUAAGCAUAUUAAACUUAUGCUCAAAUGAAUGUUUCUUGAAAUUAUUUACAAACAUAUUGGUGUUAUGACUUUAUGUCCAGCUUUUUAUCACGUGAUUUAUCCACCGAUCAAAAUACGACUUAUACAAUCUUAGCACUAUGUCAAACCAAUGACGUCCUACCGGUAUGAGCAGUCUAGCGUCCUUAUUGAUCCUAUCUUCGUCUAGCCCAUCCACUUGAGUCCACAACAUCAAUACCAGCUUCCACUAUGCGAAUUGAAUCGAAUCAUUUAUUUCGGACAUACUGUGUUUAUAUAUCAACCAAACAGACUGCAAUGCACCAUAAAAUGGGAAAUAACAUUUGUAUACCAUAAAGCCAAAAAGUGGCUGUGAACGUUGGAGUCAGUAGUCAAUAAACUGAAUAUAGCUUAAGUACCGUAAGUCGUACAAUAAUAAUAUAGAGGUCAAAAUAAAGCUUAUAAUAAGAGGAAUAUAGAUAUACAUGAUCUAGUUACUGGAUAUUUAUACCAUAAGAAUGUAUAGAUAAUAUUGAUCAAUUAAUAUGUCUCAGAAGUUACUCAUGAUUUAAUCUUCGCUCGGAUAUAACAAUUGGAUUAACUAACAGUGAAUAGUUGCAAUUACAUUGAUGGAUGAGUUCAAUUUCACAAAUUCAUAUAAAUAAUUAAAAACUAACCCAUAGAAACAUAUAAAGAUAAUUUAGUUUACUUUAAGAAUUCAGCAGUUUCAAAGAGAAUCAAGAUAGUAAUUUAAAAUAAUGUUAAUAAUCAAAGAGAAUGAAUACAUUUCAAAUGUAUAAAUGAUUUGUAGUCGUCGGUAUUCAUCAAUAUAAUCCUUAAACUUUGUAUACAGUUCAUUCUGAUAACCGUCAUUAAAUGACAUCUCUUAACGGCGAAUACGAAGUGUUGAUUACAUUUAUUAUUACACUACGAUGUACAGAUCACCAAAAUUACAAACACGCUAAACAAGCAUGAAAGAGUAGUGUCGAUAAGCAAGGGUGAGAGUUUGCGAGUCAAAAUGAACAGAAUUAAAAUGUACAUAUAUAUAUAUAUAUACAUAGUGGAAUGUAAUAUUGAAUCGAUUAAGCGAAUAACAUUAAAGCUAACAGAAUGAAUAUAUGCGUAGACAGUAAGCAAUGCUCAAGCAUACAUAUUUAUACAAAGUGAAAAUAUUAAUUAACAAUUUCUUUGCUAAUCCCAUCCACUAAAUUACUGAUAAGUCUUGAUAAUUAAACGCUAUAUUCCGUUCCUAAGCAAUUUUCGUAAACCUCAAAGCUAGAACUACACAGAGACCUGAACACGAGUGAAAAGACGCGAAAUACGCGAGAAGCACUUUAAUCUAAACGUUCGUUCUAGUACAGAAAAUAUAGGAUUUUUAUAGUAUUUUAGAUGUCCUUGAGUCUCCCGAAACUUCUGGAAUGCUACUAAACAUAGUAACAGUAUAGUAAUCAGCCAAUCAGGAACUCUACAUGUGACUUCUCACUUUCUUGAUAUUUCUGGCAAAACUUCUAGUGAACGCUGAUUGCAUGAAAUGCUUCAUAGUGUUUCCUGAGCCUUUUUUGGCCUUUGCGAGAAGUUUUCUGGAUCACCCCAACAACAACAUAAGAUUUUUGACAGUUAGUAGUUUUACUUGUUGACUUCGACGAAUUACCAACAAUUAUAACAAGUGAUGAGUUUCCCUUUAACUUAAUAGAUUCUAUACUAUAUUAAAAAGAUCAAUACUUCAAUUUCUAUCCUUCCUUAUUGAGAAGGAAAUAAAAAGCGUUCUGUAUAAUAAACUAUAAUAGGCUACUAGAACUUCAUGGUUAGCGUUUAUUUAACGAGUUAGUUUUCUACGGGAUAGGGUCGCUAACCCCAUGCCUAACUCUCUUCCUUUAGCCCGGCUUGGGACCGGCAGUAACUCUAGAAGAGCUACACACUAUAUAUUGUGUUAUUUAAUUACAUGAUAUAUACGGUCAAUAAAUAAUCCGGUUAUUCAACUGAGAACCAGGUUAAAUGUUGAUGAAUGAACUUAAAACUGGAAUGAAUUUUACACUGGAAUACAGCCUUUUAUAUUUAGAUUGUAUUCGAAUAUAUCUGUCUUCACUCCUUGACAUGUCUCAGGUCAUUUUGAUGGGAUGUAAAGAUGUUUCUUCAUAAUCCUAUUUGUUAAUAAUGUAUUACUUUUUUGUGAAUUACUGGGAUAUUAUUUAAAGAAAAAAUACUUUUGUUCUUGUUUUUCUACUCCCCGAUUUUUUCACAAAACAUUCACUGAACAUGUCGCUAUUCACGAUUUAUGUGCAUUUUUCGGUGUUAGGAUUCACCAAUUAUUUUAUUAAUGAUGCACUCUUAUUUACUGCACUGCAUGUUGACAAUUUUCACGAGCCAUAGCUUUUGCUAUAGUAUAUCAAGGGUGAUAAUUUAUGUUUAAAAAUUUAUACUACCUAAAACAAAUUAAGUAACAAAGUAGUGAAUUAUUCAAUUACAUCUCUAGAUUAAUAUCAGAAGGGGUUUUUUGUGGAUGUUAUAGUAAUUUUAAUAGUUCAAAUCAUGAGUCAAUUGAAACUAGACCGCCAUGGAAUACCUGGAAUCAUUGGAAUGCCGUUUCGUCCUAUCGUGGGCUCUCCAGUGUUUCUAGGUUUGCAUAAUGAUCUAGCUUCAAUUAACUCAUGAUCUCAACUAUUGUAAUUACUGCAAUCUCCACAAAACCCCUUUUAAUACUAAUAUGAAAUAGUUUAGUGUGUACUGUUAAUCCUUGUUCUCUAUCAUCCACUCUUACAAAACAAUAUAACUCAAUUAAAAAAAAUUCAUUUGAUGGUGCUAAUAAGAUCAUUAAACUCACAGUGAUUACAAACACUUCUAACAAUCUUAUCAUUUUGCAAAUGUCAUUUACUAAGUGCACUUAUUGUUUUAUUACAUCACUAAUCAAACCUUUAGCGCUAUAGCUUCUGCAUUAAACUCAUAUAUAAAUUUACUUCAAUACAUUUUUACUUCUCAUUCAUUUUAUAUUUGUGAAUAAGUUCUUCAUUUCACUAUGAUCAUUUUUAAGGAUUGUACUGAAAAUGCUGAAAAU